UUUUGGUAAAAAAACCGUCACAGUUGUACCGUCCACAUUGGCGGGAAAAAGACAGCUUUUGUACGUUCAAUGUCCACGCGGUAAGUGGAAAGAAAUAUUAGUUGAGUCCCAAAUUGGUUUUUUUAUGGGCGCAUAAUUUUUGUUUCUCUUUGGCCCAAAUGAGUCUAAAACUGGUUUGGUUCCUUUUUUGGCGUGUGCGCUUUGGAGAAUCUUAAUUAUUAUGUUUCUUGGCAACUGUGCUUCCAAUUGGGAAAGAAGAAGUGAAAGUCUCUAGUAAAAAAAAAACACGUACUCGUCCCUGUGUGAGUGUGUGUGCUGAACUCUGAUAACUUUAUGUGUUUUUGAAACAAGAAAAUAAAAAUAGCUUCUAACAGUGAAAAUAUUGGGCGACGACAGAAAAGAAGAAAAGUGCAACAAAAUAUGGAUAAUUUUUUAUUAUCUGUUGAAGCAGAUUUCUCUGUUGCAGGAUUUAAUAAUGGCGGUGGUGUGCCAGGGGGGGAGAAGAUAACUGCGCUUAUGAGGAUACAACUGAAGAGGCAGUGUUCAUCAAUGACGAUUCCCAGCAAGUAGAACACCAAUGGAAGUGUUCUGAAACAGUAAGUGAAUUUUACAACGAAAGUGACAUGGAUCCGCUAGAAAGUUCUGAUGAUGAAUGCGAGCUAUUUAGCGAUGAUGAUGGAACCAAAGAUGCAUGGUGUGAUGAUGAACUAACAACUGGAAUCCAAUUAGUUGAUGACGUUCCAGCACGUGGUUUUAAAGAAAAACUUGCGUCUUGGGCCGUCGAAUAUCGCGUUAAACAAAAUGCCGUUGACGGUCUUUUAAAUAAUGUGCUACCAACUAUGCCCGAUUACGACAAACUAAAUAUUCCAAAAAGUUGUAAAACGCUACUUAAAACAAUGAAGAAAACACCACUUAAAGAAGUUGAACCUGGUCAAUAUUAUCAUUUUGGGCUCGCUCGUCGUAUUCAGUAUAUGCUUGAUAGGUACGGAGGCCAUUUGACAGAAAGCUUGGAUGAAGUUUUAAUAUUUCUUAUAAAUGCCGACGGCCUUCCACUUGCAAAAGCAUCCGGAUGCCAAGUUUGGCCAAUUCAAUGUCGGUUCUUUAACUCCUUGAUGGAGAAAUGGCCUCCAUUCCUACUAGGAGUUUACCAAGGUAACUCAAAACCAGCAAACGCCAACGACUACUUGGAGGAUUUUGUGAACGAAGCCCUUCAACUUCAGCAUGACGGAUUUUUUUAUCGUGGAAAAGUGUUAAAAAUAGUCAUUUUUGGAUUUAGUUGUGACGCACCAGCCAAUGCGCUAAUGAAGGCAAUCAAAAUUCACAAUGGAUAUGAAUGUUGUCCAAAAUGUGUGGUUCAUGGCAAGUGGGCGGGCCGCGUAGUUCUCUUGGAAACAUGUUCUCCACUUCGUAAUGACAAAAAUUUUAGAAAUAAAACUCACGAUGGUCACCACACAGGCACGUCAAUUUUGGAACAAUUGGACAUCGACAUGAUAAGUGUAUUCGCAAUUGAUUAUAUCCAUUGCGUGUGCCUUGGUGUAAUGCGUAAACUCUUGUGGAUUUGGAUCCGUGGCCCUCUUGCUAUAAGAAUUGGUCGUCAAAAUAUUGACCUAAUAUCUGAUGCGUUGAUGAAUAUUGUCGAUUUCAUUCCAAGUGAUUUUUCGAGAAAGCCUCGUUCUUUAGCUGAGCUUGCACGAUGGAAGGCGACGGAAUUGCGCCAAUUCCUUUUGUACACAGGUCCAGCCGUAUUAAAAAACAUUUUCAAAGGAACAAAACAACUAGAAGAUUUCUACAAUCACUUUAUGUUAUUGCACACAGCAAUCAAAAUUCUGUCAUCGCCCCAUCUCUGUCAAGAAACGGAAUAUAACAAAUACGCCAAAGAUUUGUUGAUUCUAUUUGUGGAACAAUGUAAAUCUCUUUAUGGGGAUUCGUUCAUUUCCUACAACUUUCAUUGCCUCAUUCACUUGGCUGACGAUGUAAUUAGAUUUGGAGCACUGGACCGCUACAGUUCAUUUACUUUUGAAAACAACAUGAAGACAGUGAAGGCAAUGGUUCGAAAACACGAAUGCGUUCUAGCUCAAAUUGUUAGGCGUAUGUGUGAGCAAGAAACUUAUUUGAUUCAUUCCAACCAGAUGGUAACUGGAAAAACUCUCUUGAAAAUUAAACAUACUAGUGGGCCCAUUUGAAGUACAGGAGCCGGAAAACAGUUCAAAGAAAUCCAUUUUAAAUCAAUGGUUUUGAAAUGUGAUAACGCCAACAGCUGCGUGAUUCUCGAAGAUGAAUCCGUAGUUAAAAUCUCAAAUAUAAUCGAGCAUAAUAACGCAGUCGUCAUCGUUGGACAACAAUUGAACUGGCAAAAAACUGACUUAUUUGCUAAGCCACUUCAAUCUUCAAGA